UCUCCCAUGCGCCCGGCCGACAAAGAAGUCAAAUCUGCUGUGGAGAAGCGAGGGCAGACUGUAAUUACGCGGCUGCCGCGUCUAUCGAUGCUGUUGGAUGUGGAAGACACCGUAUGCAGAUCGACGGCCACCCCGGACGGAUAGUGAACACAAGGAACCGCUCGCUUUGUCCUAAACUGCAGAGAGAGAGAGACAGAGGUCCUUAUUUACAAACACAUGGGUUUUGACUUGUUCUAAGAUCAAAAAAUUAGUUUGUGAUUCAACAGUUACAAUGAAGAAAUCGUACAGUGAAAUAGGUUUAUCCUGUACGACUAUUUGUUGUGAACAGCACCCCGAAUGCUAUCAGGGCCACAUUCACUUUUGUCGCGCCUUCCAUAGAUGAAAGUAAGUUCAAGUAUUUGGCCCCAUUCGACAAAAGACGCUUUGGAAGAAAUCAAACUCGAGUGGGCGGAUUUGACGGUCUCCGCCAUGGCUCACGGUAGUCUACCUCCCAUCGACACCCUCCCGCAGUGGUCCAGGGUUUUACACUUCGACACAAGUCGCCGACCUCGGCCCCAUCGACCCUCACCUUUGUCCCCUACAGAGCACAAUUUGCAGUCGCAGCGAAUCUCCGCUCUGGAGAAGAGCCUACAGUUUCUGCAACAGCAGCACAGCGAAACGCUGGAAAAGCUCCACCAGGAGAUCGAGCAGCUAAGGAGAAAGAAUAAAGAUUUGCAGUACCGCUUGAUCAUGGGGUCCCAGCACGGCCAUAAAGGUACUUUUGGGAAUAUGUCAUAUCAAUCCUUUGGAGCAGAAACUGAGGGACACACGGAAGUAGAAACAGCCCCACCAAACCCUCCUACUGAAGCCUCCAUGGGUACACUCAAGAGAGACCACACCGAAAGUGGACCCGAACUCACCAUGCUGCACAUUCAAGGCCCAGCUGUUGAUUACAGAAACUUACACAUCAACUCACUGUAUCCCCUGUUGAUCCAUACAAGUCAGAAUGACUGCUCACGGGCACCAAACAUGCAAGAAUGUCAUGUUCUCAUCCAGCAGCUUUAUCAUGCCAACCGCCUUCAGGCCAGAGAAAUUUUACGCGUGAAGUCUGUUGUGAAGGAUUUUAUAUGCAACAAAUUACCACCCGACACAUAUAUAAUAAGAAAAAAUUACAUGGCAGAUCAUUCCAGUGUUCAAAACCCUGUAGAAUUUCCAAAGUUAUCCUUCAAGGCAAUGAGAAAGGGGUCUAAAUCUCAAGUUUCAAGUUCAAAGAAAACUGCCCUUCCUGUUCUGAAACAAGAUGUCUCAGGUAGCUUUGAUGAAAGCCAGAGAACACAGAAAAAAUCAGCUUUCCACAGUACCAAAUUCAAGGAGUAAAACCAUACAUAACCACAAGUCCUACAAGCAACUCAUCCCACCAUACAAAAAAUAUCAAAUUUGGACUACAGCUAUUAUUUUCUCUUUGUAAAAAAACUGAAGAAAAAAAAAGAAAAAGAAAAACAACAACAUGUGGUAUAAUGCAGGGGUAUAAAGCAUAUUUAUUCUGAAUGUGCCUCAAAGACAGAUUUACAUUGACAGUAUAUAAUGUGUGGUAUCUUCAUAUUCUUCCUACAUUAUAAUCUGGCUACUAUGGUUUUUCUCUAAAUCUGAAAGACAUGCUUGUUAGAUUUGGAGUUGCAGGUUACCCUAUCUAUCUAAACUGCCCCUUCUACAUUUGAGUGUGGAUGUGUGCCCUGCAAUUGGCUUGCACACUGCUAAGAACUUGUUCUUGCUUUGUGAUUCUUAUGACCUUGAACUGGAUUAAGUACAUUUAAAACUGAAUAUAGGUACAUGGAUAAAAACAUAACCUGUAAUGUUUAAUAUAUAAAAAGAAAAAAAAAACACAAAUGGGUUAAUUAAAAUAAAGGAUUCAGAAUUUAUCUGUAGUUUAAAUAAAGGUUUUAUACACCAA